AUGUUCACUGACAUUUCCUACAUUCUCCACUUUUCAGCAGAAAUUAAGAAGAGAAUGAAGAGGGAGAACCAGAGCAGCAUGUCCGAGUUCCUCCUCCUGGGGCUCCCCAUCCUGCCAGAACAACAGGGCAUGUUCUUUGCCCUGUUCCUGGGCGUGUACCUGACCACACUGCUGGGGAAUCUACUCAUCCUCCUGCUCAUCAAGCUGGACCCUCGCCUCCACACCCCCAUGUACUUCUUCCUCAGCCACUUGGCCUUCACUGAUGUCUCCUUUUCAUCUGUUACUAUCCCUAGGAUGCUGAUAAGCAUGCAUAUUCAGCAACAAUCCAUCCCCUAUGUGGAGUGCAUUUCCCAGAUGUAUUUUUUCAUACUUUUUGGCUGUCUUGACAACUUCCUUCUCGCAGUGAUGGCAUAUGACAGGUACGUGGCCAUAUGUCAGCCACUUUACUACAUCACUGUCAUGAGGCAGGAGCUGUGUAUCUCACUAGUAGCUGUGUCCUGGUUCUUCUGCUGUAUCCAUGCCCUGUUGCACACCCUCCUCUUGGUCCAACUAUCCUUCUCUGCUGAAAAUACCAUCCCCAACUUCUUCUGUGACCUCCCUGCCCUCCUGAAGAUGAGCUGCUCAGACAUUUCCAUCAAUGAGCUGGUCAUCUUUACCGAAGGAGGAAUGCUGUUCAUCUUGCCUCUGAGUAUCAUCUUGGGCUCAUAUGUUCGUAUAGGGACCAUCGUCCUGAGGGGCCCCUCCACUAAGAGACUCUUUAAAGCCUUCUCCACUUGUGGCUCUCAUCUCUUUGUGGUAUCUUUGUACUAUGGAACACUUGCUGGGGUUUACUUUUUCUCCUCAUUAUGGGACUCCAAUGACAAAUAUAUAAUUGCUUCAGUCAUAUAUGCAGUAGUUACUCCCAUGCUGAACCCCUUUAUCUACAGCCUCAGAAACAGAGACAUAAAACAAGCCCUAGAGAUAUUUCUCAAUAGGGCUAACUUCCUGAAAUGA